CUGGAGACAGUGAUCAAACAGGCAGAAGCGAGCCGUGAGUCAGCUUACAAGAGUGCUCGCUGUCUUCUGGAGGAAUACCGCCCAUUAAAAACAGAGAUUGAUCGGCGGCGUCAGGAACUCCUUGGACUUAGUCGUCUUCCUGAUCUCAAUGAAAAUGAGCGCCAUAUCUCCAUUGAGUCUCUGGAGAAAAUAGCAUGUGCAGGUGAGAUGGGUUGGGGAAUGGGAGGGUUGGGCCCAGUUGGUGGACAUUUGGAUCAAGGUCCACCCCCAGCUGCUCAUCAGCAGGCUGCUAUUCUCUCCAUGUUUCGACCACGACCACCUUCUCCUGCAUCUACCAACAAUCCUCCUUCUGCACCUGCACCAUCUCCCUUUAGGCAACAACCUCCUCCAAUGAAGGCAUGUUUAUCGUGUCACCAGCAGAUUCACCGCAAUGCACCAAUUUGCCCAUUGUGCAAGGCUAAAAGUCGAAGCCGCAAUCCCAAGAAGCCAAAGAGGAAAGAAUCAUCUACUCCAUUACCGCCUUCACAGUAGCAGGACU